CGUCAUUGGCCAGAGGUUGUCUAACAGCCAAGAUGGCUGCCACGAUGUUGAGGUCGCUCUCCAAACUAGGACGUCCUUCAACAAAACUUAUAUUAAAUAAUAAUUUACUGAGCCCUGGUUGCACUGUUCUGCAAAACAGGCAGAAACAAUGGCAGCCAGACGUGGAGUGGACAGAGCAGUUUGCCGGGGCCGUGAUGUACCCCACUGCUGUUAAUGAGAAUUGGAAGCCACCCCCAUGGAAUGACAGAGAUCCUAACGCAGAGAAGGAUGUGUCCAACCUGACCAUAAACUUUGGUCCCCAGCACCCAGCAGCUCACGGCGUGCUGCGCCUCGUGUUGGAGCUGAGCGGAGAGUCCGUCAAGAAAUGUGACCCCCAUAUCGGACUGCUCCACCGCGGCACAGAGAAACUCAUCGAGUACAAGACCUACCUGCAGGCUCUACCCUAUUUUGACCGUCUGGACUAUGUUUCUAUGAUGUGCAAUGAGGAGGCUUACUCUCUGGCUGUGGAGAAGCUGCUCAACAUCCAAGCUCCGCCCCGUGCCCAGUGGAUCAGAGUUCUGUAUGGAGAGCUGACUCGCAUCCUGAACCACAUCAUGGCCAUCACCACGCACGCCCUCGAUAUCGGGGCUAUGACCCCGUUCUUCUGGAUGUUCGAGGAGAGAGAGAAGAUGUUUGAGUUUUAUGAGCGAGUGUCAGGAGCCAGAAUGCACGCCGCAUACGUCAGACCCGGUGGCGUUCACCAGGACAUGCCCCUCGGCCUUAUGGACGACAUCUAUGAGUGGUGCAAGAAUUUCUCCAUCAGAAUCGAUGAAGUAGAAGAGAUGUUGACCAACAAUCGUAUCUGGAAGAAUCGUACCGUGGACAUCGGGGUGGUCACUGCAGAAGAGGCUCUGAACUAUGGCUUCAGCGGCGUGAUGCUGCGAGGGUCGGGCAUCAAGUGGGACCUGAGGAAGUCUCAGCCGUACGACAAGUACGACGAGGUGGAAUUUGACGUCCCCAUCGGAAGCAAUGGAGACUGCUACGACAGGUAUCUGUGCAGGGUGGAGGAGAUGAGACAGUCCCUGAGGAUCAUGCACCAGGCGCUCAACAAGAUGCCAGAAGGAGAGAUUAAGGUGGAUGACGCUAAAGUGGCCCCACCCAAGAGGUCUGAGAUGAAGACGUCCAUGGAGUCUCUGAUCCACCACUUCAAACUGUACACAGAGGGCUACCAGGUCCCCCCGGGGGAAACAUACACAGCUGUGGAGGCCCCCAAGGGAGAGUUUGGUGUUUAUUUGAUAUCUGACGGCUCCAGCAGACCCUAUCGCUGCAAGAUCAAAGCUCCUGGAUUCGCUCACUUGGCUGGUCUGGAUAAAAUGGCCAGAGGACACAUGCUCGCUGACGUGGUCGCCAUUAUUGGUACACAGGACAUCGUGUUUGGAGAGGUCGACCGUUAACGUGAUCCUGUUUGUUCCCACGAUGAAGAGGAUUCAACGUCUGUGUCGCACAUCUAUUAGUCAGGUUCUCUUCCUGUUAACUGUUUGCUCGUAGUUGUGCUUUUGACAGAAGAAUCAGUGAUGUACAAUGUCCAAAUAAACCCUAAUAAAUAUUUUAUGACCGAA